AUGGCACUUAUUUCAGUUGAUGAAGAAGAAGAGGAAGAAGAAGAAGAAGAUUCAAUGAUUGAUAUACGUCAUCGUAGAUUUGUCUAUAAAGUUCAAUCUAUACAAUCACCUGAUCAUCCAACAACGUCAUUUCAUAUGACACCACAACAUACUUCAUCGCUUUCCGCUAGUUCAUCAAACAUGAUGAAAAUGAACGAAAUGCUAUCUCAAACAACUAAUGAGUAUUUCAAUGAUGAAUCAUUGGUUCCAAGAAAUACUGAGCUUAUUGAAUUAUCCGUAAUAAAUAGCAUACAACAAAAUCCUGUGCCAACAAUUACGUUCAAUGAACCUGAACGAUUACCACUAUUGGAAGCUCAUCCGGAACAGAGCAAUGAACCGAUUCAACAAUUAAUUACUUCAUAUGAAGGGCAGCAGUUUUCAGAUGGAACAUCAGUUUAUAGCACUGAUUAUACUUUCAAUUCCGAACUCAAUACAUCUUUUACGAUUUCGAAGGAUUUCGAAACAAACAAAAUUGACAUUCUUCAUUAUGAUGAAAUGUCUUCCAACAUUUUACUGCAAGAUAAUGGCAAAUCGCAUAUUCAGCAUGCACCAUUAUUUGGUUGUACUGUUGGAAAUUUAUGCAAUUCUGCAAUUUCUGGCUUCGAUUUACUUGGAACAAAUGCUUCUGAUAAUGUUAAUCUAGAGAUUACUGAUGAUCAUUGUUCAGGACAACAGAUUAUUACGGGUUUGACACAAGAUGGCGAUAUAAUUAUUGAUGGUUUAAGCAUGCCAAUCAGUAAAAAACUGGACAAUAGUUGGCAAAAUGAAUCCAGCAUGUUUAGCCGGAUGAAUAUCGAUGAAGGAUUAUCAAUAUCUCAGAUUUUGGAUGAUUCAAAUGGACAGCAUCAAAAUGUUAAAAAAGCCAAUAGCAAUGAAGUUGUUAUCGGUUUAACUACACGUGGUGAAUUCAUCAUUGCUAAUACGACUGCUAAUAGUUCACGGGUAAACACACACUUGGUAUCGGUCAUUAUGGGCAUAACAGCAAGUGGUCAGAUCAUUUGUGGUGGUUGCAUAGCUGAUAUCAUACCUGAAAGUGUUCUUAUGACAUGUGAAAAAACUAUCGAAUCUAAUGAGAAUCAUCAUGCAACCUUUGAUAUUAUUGGAAAUUUAACAGCAAAAAAUGAAAAAGUUUUAAUCGGAUUAACUGAUUCAAAUUUCACAAAUGCUUACAAUGGAUCACUUCUUCGAAGGGAUUCUUUUUGA